AUGGCUGCUCUUGGACAAUUAGCAUACGACAUCGCCACAGACACAUCAGAUGAGUAUCUGAAAUUUUCUGAAAGGACAGAGUGGACAAAUUGUCCCAACGUGUGGCGAUGUCAGUUCACGCAAGGUGAUCAUGUGGUGCCGUCUCUUAUUUUGGAGGUGGUUAUUUCAAAUGACUUAUGGUUUUGGCAUGCAUUCUUUGGUAUGGCGGGGUCAAACAAUGACCUGAAUGUGCUCCAAGCGUCUUCGAUAUUUGACGAUAUUUUACAGGGUAAAGCACCAGAAAUGCCAUAUGUUGUCAAUGGAAAUGAAUAUAAAUGUAAGUAUUACCUAGGUGAUGGGAUAUAUCCAGAAUACGCUAUAUUUGUCAAGUCAUACACAUUUCCGGCCGAUGAUAAACGAAAAAUGUUCAAGUUAGCACAAGAAUCUGCAAGAAAGGAUGUAGAACGGGCAUUUGGAGUCUUCAAACAAAAACAAUUUCAAGGGCAAAUUGACGGUGAAGACGGGGAGGAUGAUGAUGGUGCCGACGAGGAGGAUGAGGACAGUGACGUCGAGGAGGAUGACGAUGGUGACGACAAGGCGAUUGAUGCCGAUGGCAACAACGAAGACGAUUAG